CGAGAUAACAAUAACCAUUCAUUAAAAAAUUUCAUUAUGAAGCUACUGGUUUUGUGUUCUUUUCUUUUGGCCUUGUUUGGCGCCAGUUAUGGGUAUGUGGUACAGAGGAGGAUACCAGUGGAUGCUGAUCUCUUGAAUGAUAUUUUGAAUAUAACAAUGAGUCUCACCUUGAAGGAUAAUCCUCAAUACGAAGCAACAGUUAAUGAAUAUGGUGAAAAAAUUAUUGCCAAUCUGGAUAAACUGCUUAAGAAAGGAGAUAUGGACCCUUUGGCAUUGGAUGAUGUAUACGAGGGUUAUUGGUGGGGGAAUAUACAGUUGAAUAAAAUGCAAGUGACGGGCUUGGCAACCAUGUACAGACCUGAAGAUAAUGCAAUUAUCACCUAUAAUCACGAUAACAAACAGCUACAAUUAGAUUUACCUAUAAGCUUCAAGGAUCUCAAGUUUUCGUGCCAUUUCAAGGCCUCUCUGAUGUUCGUCGGCCCCAGUGGAAAAAUCACAGGAGAAGUGUCCAAUUUGUUAAUGAAAACUAGUCUUGUUAUUGAUUACAAUGUAAACCAAGCGUUCAUCAGGACGUUCGAGAUUCCAGAUUCAGGACACAUCAGUAUACACAUUCAUUCGUUUUUCUUAUCCGAUUGGAUGUAUAAUCUGAUAAGCGAUGCAAUAACCUCAAUAUUUCAUGGUUCCAUACUCAAUGCAAUAAGCGGAAUUAUUCAAGAUCUUCUGGGAGAUAUUGUGGAUGUUCUUAACAAAAUAUUGCAAACUAUACUAGGAUGAAAUAGCCUAGACUAUUUUUUAGGAAUUUUUAUUGUGGUUAUAUCACUGUUUACUUUUUAGUUCAUUUAAUAAAUCAAUGUUUGAUUGUAAA